GGAGAGCCACGCGUUUGGGGUAUAACUGCUGAUUUGGGCAAAAGUGAUAACACCGCGAAAGAUUAGGUGGCAAAUGAAGUGAAGGUCCCAACUCCCAACCGCAUUCACAUUCGAGAAAUCCAGAUAUGAGAUACCCAUUUUCAAUCCCUUUAGCCAAAAGCUGUUAUCUUUUGAAUUAACCCCUCUUUAUUACUAUGUCAUCUUUGCCCAUUCCUAAAUCCAUUUCUCCAGUAGACUUAUAAAAAAAUGGGUGCUUCUAAAUCAGUUCCGCAGAAAUCAAUCCACGAAUUCACUGUCAAGGACAUUAAAGGGAAAGAUGUAGACCUUAGCAUGUACAAAGGCAAAGUGCUUCUUGUCGUUAAUGUUGCCUCCAAAUGUGGGUUCACAAGUACCAAUUAUACUCAAUUGACUCAACUCUAUAACCAAUACAAGGAUAAAGGUUUUGAGGUCUUGGCCUUCCCUUGCAACCAAUUUUUGAAGCAAGAGCCUGGUACGAGUCAGGAAGCUCAAGAAUUUGCGUGCACAAGAUUUCAGGCUGAAUAUCCCAUUUUCCAAAAGGUAUGCUGAUAGAAUGAUAGCAUUUUGAAGUUUAUGGCCCUUUCCCUAUAUCGUAAUGACUUGCAUUAUUUCUUGUUACAUUCUGAAUAAUCCUCGUACAUAUGCUUUGGCUUACACAAGUCAUAAGCAUAUUCUCUGCUGGCUAUGGAAACAGUUUGUAAAGAACAAUAACUUACACCUAAAUUCCAAGCUUGUUUGAGUGGGCAAUAUGAAUCUUCACUAUCUAUUUUGCUUCAUUUGAACUUGUACCCAAUAUUCAAUAAUUUAGAGUCUCUUUUUUCGGUAAAUCUACCUAGAUAACAUCCUUCGAUGUGAUUUUUAGGUCUUUCCUAUCUCAUUUAACACCUUCAAUUUCAUGCAUUCACACCUAUAUACCAGUGCAUCUAAAAGUCUACAUUGGACAUGCCGACAUGGUGAAAUCAUCUCAAGCCACUGCCACCUUUUCUUGUUUGAUCCUUUACGUGCAAUUUUCUAUUAUACACUCAUCUCGGACCUCAGAGGUGGUCUAACAUCAACUGUAGUAUUUGAUGUUUGCUACCGUUCAAUAGAACUUGCUUUCACUUUGAUAAGUAUCCUUCUAUAACAUAACAUUCUGGUAACACUUCUUCA